AUGUCAAUAACAACAUUGUAUUAUAUGCAAUUGAAGAAGGAAAAUGCUCAUGAAGAUUCUAUUUGGUGUUGCGGCUGGAGUAAUAUAGAGAAAGAGAAACCUAAAGAAACUGAGAACGAUGAUGUUGACCCCACACAAGAUACAAACAAUGAACCUAAUUCCGAAAACUACUUGAUAACUGGAGGGUUGGAUGACUUGAUUAAAGUGUGGCAGCUUGAGAAUGGGAAACUGGAAGAAAAACAUCAGUUGGAGGGUCACUCACUGGGAGUCAUAUCUGUUGCCGUCAGUCCUGAUGGGAAAACUUUAGCAAGUAGUUCACAAGACUCGUCCUUAAUCCUUUGGGAUUUAACAACUGGUGAGAAAAUAAAGACUAUGGAAACAGGUCCAACAGAUGUAUGGACCUUGGACUUCUCACCUGAUGGAAAACAUGUAAUCUCUGGAAGCAAUGCUGGCAAGAUCCUCAUAUUUGGAGUAGAGAGUGGAAAACAGGAGCAGACACUAGAUACCAGAGGGAAAUUCACAUUAAGUGUUGCUUAUAGCCCAGAUGGUAAAUACAUAGCAAGCGGAGCUCUAGACGGUAUCAUCAAUAUAUUUGAUGUUGCUCAAGGAAAAUUAGUCCACACAUUAGAAGGCCAUGCUAUGCCAAUCAGGAGUUUAUGUUUCUCACCAGAUUCACAAUUACUGCUUACUGCAUCUGAUGAUGGACACAUGAAACUUUAUGAUGUUGUUCAUGCAAACUUAGCUGGUACCUUAUCAGGGCAUGCGUCAUGGGUAUUGUCAGUCGCAUUCUCACCUGAUGGCAAGCGGUUUGCUUCUGGGAGUGCAGACAGAACAGUGAGAGUUUGGGAUUUAGAUAGCAUGCAAUGUCAACAUGUAUUUAAGGAACACAGUGACCAGGUCUGGGGAGUAAAGUUUAAUGCAGAAAGUAAUAAAAUUAUGUCUGUAUCGGAAGACAAAAGUUUAAAUAUUUAUGACUGUCCAUUAUAA